ACUGCCAGAGAACAUGGAAGGGUUGAUUAAUAUUAGCUCCUCUAACUCAUCCGAGAUGUCCAACGAAUUUCCAAAUUCCACUACUGACCCACGCGUCUAUCGUUCCUCCGUCGAACGCCAGGUCCUCUCCGCGAUUAUUUUCUUCGACUCAUCCAUCGGCCUCCUCGGAAAUGCGGCCGUCGUUUUCGCCGUCCUGACGGUCAAGAAACUGCAGACGACGACCAAUGUCUUCGUGGUGAACUUGGCCGCGGCGGAUUUCCUGACGUGCAUCGUCGCGAUUCUGCAGAGUGUGGUGUUCCUGAAAGGCGAACUUGUCUUUCCCGUUGCCGUGUGCCAAGCCAUGGCCUUCGGAAUACUCGUGUGCGUCGGCUGCAGCGUGAACAACCUGAUGUGCGUCGCUGUCAACCGUCUGGUAGGCAUCACGACGGCAACACACAGCGUCUUUCGCAAGUUGUACACCCCUUGUAAGCUCUCUAUGACGGUCGUUCUGACUUGGCUUGUCCCUGCCGCUGUGGCCAUCAUCCCCUUUGUUUCUGACUAUGGCGAGCUCGGAUACAACCCAGUCUACCACUCGUGCUCCUGGCGCUCAAACAGGGCAUACCAGCCUAGGUACUCGAUGGUGGUGGUCGUCGUGUAUUUCCCCCUGCAAUUUGCUAUUCUUUUCGCGAGCUAUUUGAGAAUCUGGCUGUUUGUGAGGGGAACAACGAAAUCAACCCUUAGGCAAGAUAGGGCCGGAGAGGCCAGCACGGGGAACCGGGUAUUUCAACAGCAGCUCCUCAAACGCCAGAUAGCGGUGACCAAGAACCUGUUCCUGGUUGUGUGCGUUUUCCUACUCUGCAUCUCCCCCUACUUCCUCCUAGUCGCACUGCCAUCCAGCCUGGUCGACAACAUUCUGCCCACCACGUCCACGAUCCUCAUGGCCAACAGCUGCGUCAAUCCCAUCAUCUACGGGACAAAACACCCGGAUUUCAGGGCAGCGUUUGCCCGCGUGCUGCCCUGUAGGAGGAAGGUAAGGAAGACGUCGCAGACAAAAUCGACUCAGGACACGAAGGAAACGUCAAAACAACAACUCAAGUCAGUUAGCUCUGCAACCACCGAACAAACUCACGCAUGAGACAACUCCAAUUUUGUGUG